CCGGUUUAGUAAUCCAAUUGGUAUUGUACCAGGGACUAAAUCGUAAACUAUCUUUGUUGGUUUUAAUCUGAGUGAAGAAGAAGAAGAAGGAAGGAAGGAAGGAGCGGACCCUAAAUCGAAUCUCAUCAUCAUCAAUGGCUUCGAUGCUGGCUCGCAGGUCACUGGAUACUCUCCGUGCUCGCCAUCUCGUUUUGUCAGGGAAAGCUUUGCAGGGAUGUCAUCUUUAUGGACUGCAGUCCCGUGCUAUUUCUUACGGCUCCAAGAAAGAUGAUGAAGAAGAGGAGCAACUUGCUAAGGAAAUCUCCAAGGACUGGAAUACUGUCUUUGAACGGAGCAUAAACACACUGUUUCUCACUGAAAUGGUCCGUGGUUUGUCGUUGACUCUCAAGUACUUCUUUGAUCCCAAAGUUACUAUCAAUUAUCCAUUUGAGAAGGGUCCGCUGAGCCCUCGCUUCCGCGGUGAACAUGCUCUUCGUCGUUAUCCUACUGGGGAGGAACGCUGCAUUGCCUGCAAACUCUGUGAAGCUGUAUGUCCAGCUCAAGCAAUCACAAUAGAAGCAGAGGAGCGUGAAGAUGGUAGCCGUAGAACCACUAGGUACGACAUCGACAUGACGAAAUGCAUCUACUGUGGUUUCUGCCAAGAAGCCUGUCCCGUUGAUGCAAUUGUGGAAGGACCUAACUUUGAAUUCGCAACCGAGACACACGAGGAACUUCUCUAUGACAAAGAAAAGCUUCUUGAGAAUGGAGAUCGAUGGGAGACUGAGAUUGCUGAGAAUCUGAAGUCAGAGAGUCUCUACCGUUAAAAAAGACAUUCUACGACAGUCUUUUGCUUCAAGUUAUUUCCCGGGAAAACGUUUUUUCAUUGCUUCUGCUAGAAAUAAAAAAUGAGAUCUUAUGAGUUUGAAAACUCUUUUGUGUUCCAGCUUUGUGCUGUGUAUAAUUGAUAUGUUCUGCUUUUGAAGCGAGACAAUACAUCCCAUAUUUUCAUUGAUUUAUAUCCAUAAUACCUGCAUGGUUAAUUACUAUUUUUCAAAAAAUGAUUUUGUA